AUGCAAAACGUACUCUACAAAGAUCCUCUCUUUCGCCUCCACGAUGAUUCCCUGUCUACUGAUGAUUGUGUAUCACGCUCUUACCAAAGGGCCCGCAAGAUUCUGCAAACAUACAACCUCUCGGCCUCUGACAUUCUCAACUGCAGCCCCGCAUUCUGGAAUCUCCAUCUCGACCCGAUCCUUUCUUUAGACCUCGCCUGCUUCACCAUCAUCGCCGCACAUCUCAAGGCCAGGCCGGACCUACAACCUCUGGUGGAUUCGAUGCUACGGCUGGAUACGGUCGGGGUAUACCUGCUCAGCGAGCGGGGACAUGGGCUGGACGUUUUUAAUCUGGAGACGACUGCGACCAAGACGAAGGAUGGGUUUAUAUUGCAUACUCUCCGUUCAUGCCAGCGACAACCACCCCUGCUCGGUAUGAACAAAGUCGCACUCGUCAUGGCACGCCUGAUCGUCGACGAUCAAAGUCGAGGACUACGCUGGUUCAUCGUCCCCAUAUGUGACGAACACGAGAUGCACACCGGAAUCACAUCCAAACGUCUUCCAACCCGAAGCGGAACAGCCCCUCUCGACUUCUCCAUCACCUUUUUCCACUCCGCUAUUAAGCAAGCAGCGUAUAUCGGCGGGACGUAUUCGAAGUAUAGGACAGUAUUGAGGAAAGGAUCGUCGUCUAUACCGAUCAUCGGGUUUCCGACGCAACAGUGGCCUAUUCUUCAGGCCACAGCUAUCUCGUUCGUGGCAGAAGCUUGGUUCAAGGCGACGUUGAGGCGACCGUCGUCCGGCAUUUUCAGCGGUGUCUGGAGGAGGUGGCGGAGAGGUGUGGCUUUGGGGACGUUUGAGGAUAAUUAUAUGGCGGGGAUCAUGAGGGCAACGUCCUCACCCUUUGCAUACGUCUCUUCUCCGAGAUGGUCCACAAGCGACCUCGCACAACACGCCCACUCCAUACUCACCGAAAGUAUACACUUGGCUGAGAGCAAAGACAACGAAAUCGACAUCCAAACAUUCCUCGUCACACAAUCAGAAUCCUCCAUCGCAUCAUUCGGUCACGCCCUAGCGUACGCCGCAGCCCGUAAAGCUGGCAUCCCCCAAUCCCUCCUCGACCUAUACGAAUGCGGAGCCAUCCGUCACGAUACGGCGUGGUAUCUUGAGCAUGUGGGGAUCGAUAGGGUCGAACGCUUCAAGAAAGAGGCGAAGGCGAUGCGUGCGGCGUAUCCGGAUCUCGUCAGUGGGAGGUGGCUUGGGGAGCUGGGAAUUCGGGCGUAUGUUAGGGCGCCGAUUGCGGGUGGGGGUAGGGGAGGGGCGGAGGAGGUAGUUGAGGGGAGAUUGAAGGAGUGGAUUGACGGGUUGGUGGAGUACGGCGGGAGGGGUGAGGCGAAGCUUUAG